AAUCGUUAGUAUUUUCAUUGUAUAUCUGCCCAAAUAAGUAUAUAAACAUACCGGUCAUUCUUCACGAUUUGAAUUUGCAGUUUUGUUUAUCAGCUUAAGUGUAAUUAAAAUAAUAUUUUCAAUUCUAUUUAUUUAAUUUCAUAAUGUAUAUAAAAUCUAUGGUAUUAGAAGGAUUUAAAUCAUACGGAAAAAGAAUCGAAAUAAAUGAUUUCAAUAAAGAAUUCAACGCAAUCACAGGAUUUAAUGGUAGUGGGAAAUCAAAUAUUCUUGAUGCAAUAUGUUUUGUUUUAGGUAUAUCAAACCUUGGACAGGUACGUGCAACAUCAUUACAAGAUUUAGUUUAUAAAUCUGGUCAAGCAGGUGUAAAAAAAGCUAGUGUUACUAUAACAUUUGACAAUAGAGAUAGAGAUUCAUCUCCUAUGGGAUAUGAACAUCAUGAAGAGAUAAUAGUUACAAGACAAGUUGUGAUUGGUGGUAAAAAUAAAUAUCUGAUCAAUGGAUCUAAUGUACAAAAUAAACGUGUCCAAGAUAUGUUUUGUUCUGUUCAAUUAAAUGUAAAUAAUCCACAUUUUUUGAUAAUGCAAGGAAGAAUUACAAAAGUUUUAAAUAUGAAACCCAUGGAAAUUUUAUCAAUGAUAGAAGAAGCUGCAGGUACUCGAAUGUAUGAAAGUAAAAAAGAAGCUGCUUUAAAAACUAUAGAAAAGAAAGAUAGUAAAUUAAAAGAAAUAAGUGAUAUUUUGAAAAAUGAAAUUGGUCCAAGAUUAUCAAAACUUAAAGAAGAAAAAAUACAAUAUGUUGAAUUUCAACGUAUAGAAAGAGAAUUAGAACAUUGUAAAAGAAUUUGUCUAGCAUGGAGAUAUGUCACAGCUUUAAAUGAAAGUCAGAAUGCAGAAGAAAAUGCUCAAAUUGUUAAAAAUAAAAUAGAAGAAAAAAUAAAAAGCAUUAAUGAUGGUGAAGAGGAGCUUAAAAAUAUAGAAAAAGAAUAUGAUGAAAUUGCUAAAAAAAGGGAUGUAGAAACAGGAGCUCAAUUAGAAACUUUGGAUAAUGAAUUAAAAGAAACAGAAAAAAAACAAUGUAAAUUAACAGCUGAAUUUAAUAGCAAUGAAGAAAAUAUUAAAGCUGCUAUAAAAGCAAUAGAACAAUUAAAAAUUAAUAUAGCUGAUGAUGAAAAUAUUUUUGUAGCAAAACAAAAAGAAUAUGCUAAAGUUGAAGAUCUUUUUAAAAUGUUAAAAGAGACAGAUGAACAGGAUUGUAAAGCAGUAUUACUUGCACAAGAAAAAUAUCAAAAAAUUAGUUCUGGCUUAUUAGAAAAUCAAGAUGGUGAAAAUGCAACAUUGGAACAGCAAUUAAUAAAUACUAAGCAGAGUUUAUCAGAAGCACAAACGCAACGUAAACAAUGUGAAAUGACAUUAAAUCAUAAUAGAGAGCAAUUGAAAAGAAAAAAAAUAGAAUUAAAAAACACUGGAGAUGAAUACAAAAAAUAUACUAAAGAUCUUGAAAAUAAAGAAAAAGAAAUAAAAAAUUUAGAAAAUGAAUUAAAAAAAUUAAAUUACAAAGAUGGAUAUAUGGAAGAACUUAAAGAACAAAAAUGUAAAUUAAGAAAUGAAAUAUUAAAAUUAGAAGAAGAAAUAGAUCAUUUUGAAUCAAAAUAUCCUCAAAUUAGAUUUGAAUAUCAAAAGCCUGAUUCUAAUUUUAAUCAUAAUUCGGUAAAAGGAGUUGUAUGUAAAUUAAUCACAGUUAAAGAUAAAAAUGCAGCAUAUGCAUUGGACAUUGCUGCAGGAGGAAAGUUAUAUAAUAUAGUAGUAGAUACAGAAAUGACUAGUAAGAAAAUACUUCAACAUGGUCAAUUACAAAAACGUGUAACUAUUAUUCCUUUAAAUAAAGUAGGAGGCAAACCUAUGGAUAAUCAAUUAAUUCAUUUGGCACAGAAAAUAGGUGGUAUAGAAAAUGUUCGACCAGCUUUGUCACUCAUAGAUUUUCCAGAAGAAACUAGAUCUGCUAUGACAUGGAUUUUUGGACAAAUUUUUAUUUGUAAAGAUAUUGAAAUUGCUAAAAAAAUAGCAUUUCAUGAUAACAUAAUGAAAAAAUGUGUCACUUUAGAAGGAGAUGUUGUUGAUCCUGCUGGUAUUUUAUCUGGUGGUGCACCAUUAAAAACUGGAUCAGUUCUUUUAAAGUUAGAUGAAUUAAAAGAUAUACAAAAUAAAUUAAAUAUUAAACAAGAGACUCUUCAAAAUAUUGAGACAACAUUAAUGAAUGUAAACAAUAUUGCUGAAAAAUAUAUUUCAUUAAAACAAACAUUUGACUUACGAAAUUAUGAAAUUAGUAUGGUGAAACAAAAAUUAGAACAAACAGAAUAUUAUAAAAUAAAAGAGGAGAUAGAUUCAUUAGAAAAAAAUAUUGAACAACUUUUACAAACAAUAACAGUAGUAGAAAAAAAUGAAAAGGAAAGUACUAUACAUGCUCAAGAAUUAGAACAUCAAUUGAAAGAUGCUACUAAUAUUCGUGAAAAACAGUUGAAAAAUGCUAAAUCUGAAUUAGAAAGAUUAAAAACAAAAGCUGAAAACAGUCGUAAAGAAUGGCAAAAACGGGAACAAGAAGCAGAUAUGCUUGAGUUGGAAAUAAAAGAAUUACAAAAAAGUAUCGAAAUUGGAAAAGAACAGUUAAUAACAUCUGAGGAAAAGUUAAAUAUAUUACAAGAAAAAGCAAAUGAAUUAGAACAAGAACUAAAUGAAGUAAAAGUUAAUGUAAAACAUAUACAAUCUGAUAUAAAAGCACAAAAAGAUAAUAUUAAUAAACAAAAUGCUUAUUUGCGGAAGCUUAUGACACGAAAAGAAGAUAUUAUAAAGCAAAAUAAAGAAGCAGAAUUGGAUAUUAAAAAAUUAAAUCAUGAAAUUAAUUCAAUUAAAAAUAUUGUUAAAAAUUAUAAAGAAAAUGUUUCUGAACUUAUUCAAAAAUAUGAAUGGAUUGAACAGGAUAAAAUUUAUUUUGGAAAAACAGGUGGUAUUUACGAUUUUAAUGUUAAUAAACCUAAAGAAAUGGAACAAAAAGUACAACAAUUACAAUCGAUGCGUGAAAAACUCAGUCGAAGUAUUAAUACACGUGCUAUUAGUCUUCUUGACAAAGAAGAAGAACAAUUUAAUGAAAUGAUGAAAAAAAAGAAAAUAGUUGAAAAUGAUAAAACAAAAAUAUUAGAGACAAUUAAGCAUUUAGAUGAAAAAAAGAGAGAAACAUUACUGAAAGCUUGGGAACAAGUAAAUAAGGAUUUUGGGUCAAUUUUUAGUAGUUUAUUACCAGGAGCUGAUGCAAAGUUACAACCUUGUGAAAAUCAAACAGUUACAGAAGGAUUAGAAGUAAAAAUUGCAUUUUCUGGUAUUUGGAAAGAAUCGUUAGGAGAAUUAUCAGGGGGACAAAGAUCUUUAGUUGCUUUGUCUUUAAUCUUGGCUAUGCUUUUAUUUAAACCUGCUCCACUUUAUAUUUUGGACGAAGUUGAUGCUGCAUUAGAUCUCUCUCAUACUGAGAAUAUUGGUAUAAUGUUAAAAAAACACUUUAAACAUUCACAAUUUAUUGUUGUAUCAUUAAAGGAUGGAAUGUUCAACAAUGCUAAUGUAGUAUUUACAACUAGAUUUGUUGAUGGAAUGUCAACAGUAUCUAGAAGUGAAAAAAUAAGAAGUAAGUAAAUAAGUGUAUCAUACUUCUUAAUCUACAUACUACAAUCUCAAUUUCAUACUCAAUCUACAAUCUAUUAUGUAUAUAAAUAAAUUAAGAUAUUUUAUCUAUGAUAGACGAUUUUA